AUGGACGUAGAUCCAGUAUGGUUGGAGUCCAGUCUAUGGGUCGGUAAGAAACGUUACCGGGCAGCACUUACUGGCUGGCACCUCAACUGGACUGAGCUUGAUAAGAAGAACCGCGAUAAGAAGACCGUUUCAGUACCAGUAUCUGAGGUUAUUGGUGUGGAGGAGGGGCGUGUGCAGGUUCUACCCCAGAGGUCAGUAGCUAAAGACACAGACAGAGAAUUCACAGUGUUCUAUGUGAAACGCAGCAGCAGCAGUAGGUCCUAUGGGUUGUUAUGGCGCCUGGGCAGGACCCAGUUCUGCUGUCCCAGUAGGGACCUCAGAGACCAGUGGAUGACCCAGCUGAGGAUUGCCCUCAAAACACACAGCCCCUCUCGUCCUCACAGGUUGUUGGUGUUCAUCAACCCGUUUGGAGGAAACAAACAAGGGAGGCAGAUCUAUCACUCUCUAGUGGCCCCACUGUUUGAGCUGGCAGGUAUCAGCUCUCAUGUUGUAGUGACAGAACGGGCCAACCAGGCGAGAGACCACAUACUGAAGAAAGACCUGACUGGUUUCGAUGGUGUGGUGUGUGUGGGCGGGGACGGAAUUUUCAGUGAGCUGCUGCACGGUGUGAUUGGCCGAACACAGCAGGAGGCAGGGCUAUCGGAGCAUGACCCCUCCCUAACGCUACAGUCAUGUGAUCUUCACAUUGGCAUCAUUCCUGCAGGCUCUACAGACUGUGUGUGUUUCGCCACUGUGGGAGUCAACGACCCAGUGACCUCUGCUCUGCACAUUAUCAUUGGAGACUCUCAGCCUCUGGAUGUGUGUUCUGUCCACCAUCGCUCGUCUCUGGUGCGUUACUCUGUGUCUCUGGUGGGGUACGGGUUCUAUGGUGACGUGCUGGCUGAGAGCGAGAGACACCGCUGGAUGGGGCCUCUCAGAUAUGACUACUCAGGUGCUAUGGUGUACCUAAGUAACAGGAGCUAUGCAGGCGUAAUUCAGUACCUACCAGCAGACUCCCAGCUCUCCAACCCCAGGGACAAUACACGCUGCCUCUCUGGGUGCAGUGUGUGUUCUAAUGGCACAGAGAGACUGUUCCCCCACUCUCCAGGUGCUAGUUCCCUCUACAGCUCCCACUUUAGUCAAUUCAGCAGCGACACUGAGGGUGAGUGGGUGAGUGUGGAGGGCCGGUUCAGGGCUGUGUCGCUCACCUGUAUGUCCAGCUCCUGUCCUCGCAGUCCCCUGGGCCUGUCCCCCUCCGCACACCUGGCCGAUGGGACAGGUGACCUGAUCAUCGUACGGGACACACACCCCUUAGGGUUCCUCACCUUCCUACACAGACACACCAGCACACAGGACCAGUUUGACUUGCCGUUCGUGGACGUCCACCGAGUGAAGGCAGUACGCUUUUCUUUCCCUACCGGAGAAGAGGAGGACAAGGAUGAAGAGAGGGAGAGAGUGAAUGAUGGAGGGAUGACGGAGGAAGGAAAGAGACCAAGCCGAAGCAGUUCCCACAAGCACCUGGUAGAAAGAGGAGAGGAGCGAGGGCAGAAAGACUUCCUGUGUGGUUUGUGCUGCAGUAAGGCUCCUACAGUGUCUGUGUGGAACUGUGACGGAGAGAUACUGCCUCACACUGAGAUCUCCUGCAGGGUUCAUGGUCAGCUGGUGCGUCUGUAUGCCCGGGGCAUUGAGGACGGAUCAGCCACGCCCACCAGGAAGUGCCAAGACGGACACAGGAACUGCAAAGGGAGAUGUGUCCUCAACUACUGA